AUGCCGUCUUUGAAAGCUGGCACGACUUCAGUAACAUUGCAAACUGGCACAGAUGGAGGGACAAGAACAGAAGUCGGGCUUCCUUUGGUUGUGGAGGGCAUCUCUAUUCUCGCCAUCCGUCCUUCUGCCGGCCCGAUCCAGGGCGGAGCAUCAGUCACGCUUGUAGGGAACAAUCUUCCCUCUCGUCUGCAAAGCAUCUCCUUCGGUCCUUUCUCUGCAAAGCUGAGCAGCGUGUCGAGUACACUAGCAGUCUGCCUAUCGCCAUCUGCAACGCACAGCGGCCCGCAGCCAAUAUACCUUGACGCAGAAGCUGUCCACGGACAAAUCGAGGGUAUGAAACUUGCUUACGAGUACUACGAUCUACCCUCUAUGUCGGAGCUGGUGCCGUCCGAGGGGCCGCCGGGAGGAGGAGCCGCGGUGACAGUGACGGGCGGCGGUUUCAGUACGGUUCCUGCCCUUGGUUGUGUUUUCGGUGAUCUUGAGGCGCUGGAUACAAUCAAGCCCGCAAGCGUGCUAACAUCAUCGCUGCUUCUUUGCAUAGCGCCGAGUGCCCCAAGCACAAGUGGUCAGACGACCUAUGUCGAGUUGAUGGACACGCGUUUGCGACUGACCCUGACCAGGAGCGGGCUUGUCUUUGCGUUUGUGAGGCUUGCAGCCAUCGAGAAGAUUCUCCCGUCAGGGACAUCCGGAGGGGGGCUUGCAAGGGCUGGAAGCACUUUGACGAUCCUCGGACGGGACUUCACCACGUUAGGGUUAUACUGCAAGCUUGGAUCGCAUAGAAUGACUAUGAGCGCUUAUGUCUCGUCCUCGGUACUUUUAUGUCCGCUGCCCAAGACUGUGACAGGACGGCUAAGCCUUGUGCUGAGCAAAGAAGGACUGGACUUCUCGAACACGGCGUGGGUGAGCAUCAGGGAGCAUUGUCGAGCAGAAAGCUUGUUACCCAGCGCAGGCUCUGUGGCAGGAGGUACACGAGUAGUCGUGAAGACAAGUCCAACCUCGCUAAAGAAUGUAGCUCUCAGCGGAGUUAGGUGCACGUUUGGAGAUACCGCAGUGCCAGCGGUCGCAGUGAAUGAGUCUUCCUCUGAAGUGACAUGCGUUGCCCCUUCAAGGUGGGGCUCUGAUCCCAACCGCGUACGGUUUAUUCUUGCAACACGGGAGACGGGCGUGGAGGGAUGUGAUGGAGCGCUACUCUUUGAGUACCAGGAGGUUGUACGCAUACAGGAUGUGAUACCGUCAAGGGGAUCAGUCCGCGGAGGAAGCUUUGUUGACGUGGUAGGCAGUGGGUUUAUUUCCUCCAAGACCUCUUGCAAGUUUGGAGAUACUAUGGUGCAUGCGUGGGAUGAGGCAACUGCAUCCUCUUCUACAUCGGUUCGAUGUCGCGUGCCUCCUGCUAUCGGUGUCGGGGAGGUGUCCGUGAGAGUCAGCGUCAACGGAGGAACGGACUACACUGAUACCUCGCUUACAUAUCUGUACGAGCUGAGUGCAACGGUUCAAGCUCUGAGGCCAUCCAGAGCAUUGAGCGGCGUAGCUGGCCAGAUGACCACGGUCAUUGGCUAUCACUUCCACGUAGACGCAGAGAUUCGAUGCAGGUUUGGACCCUUAGAUGUUGUCAAUGGGAAAUACCUGUCUUCAUCUCUUGCCCUAUGUAUCAUCCCGAUGAGGGCCCAAGGCACUGUAUCUCUGGUCAUUGAAACUCCAAGAGGGGUAGAGGCAAGAGGCACGGCGCUAUUGGAGCUUCAAAGCUGUCCUGUCAACUUGAUGCUUCGACCCUCCAGCGGGCCUGUCAGAGGCGGUACAAUGAUAAUGUUAAACCAGGCGUACGACCCUCAUUGGCCUAUGCUGAAUGCUACAUGUGUAAUAGACGGCGUGUCAUCCAAAGCCGAAACUGUCGGGGGCUCGAGAUUCUGCAUUUCACCACCUGCAAGCGCUGUAGGCCUGUCGUCUUUGCGAAUGUUGGGAGGCGACUCUGUUGAUUUCGUGACCUUGUCUUCUGCCUUUCUAUUCUACAGUGACCCGGCUGUCUCCGAUAUCCUCCCCUCUCGCGGUACGAUACGCGGCGGUACCCUCGUGACCCUCCUGGGCACGGGCUUCCUGCAAGUCGGACUUGCGUGCCGCUUCGGCAGCGAGCCCGCCGGCACGGGCCCCGAUGCACGCUGGCUCUCGUCGACCAUGGCCAUAAUUGCAGAGACACGUGGGUCAUACACAGCGUGCGUCACUCCUGCCCACGCAGGCUUCGGGACGAUAAAUCUGACUAUCUUGAGGCAAAGCCUCGUGCUUGCACGGGCAUCGUACACAUAUGUGCAUGAGCCACGAGUGCUCCGCAUGGUUCCGAGUACAGGCAGUGUAGGCAGUAUCACGCAAGUUUCUAUCUUUGGGAUGUACUUGUCUUUGCCUGGGCUACGAUGUCGCUUUGGGGAGGCAUAUACCCCUGUAAACCAGACCUUGCAGCUCACGUCCACCCUCAUGCAAUGCUACACUCCUGCUGUACGGGAUCCAGGAUCGGUCAAGGUGUUGCUAGGCCUUGAAGGGGACUGGCACUCGAGCGAGGAGCAACGAUUCUGGUACUUGCCUUUACCUUCAGUGCGUAGGCUAUCACCUUCCUUGGCUUUCCCCAGUCCACAGGGCCUAGUUGUGACGGUCUUGGGAGAGCACUUUGAGAGCGGUGAGGCCCUGACCUGUCGAUUUGGGGAUCAUCAGUCUAUUUCUACGACUCUGAUCUCCUCAACCAAGCUUAUGUGCACUUUGCACGAACACAAGGACACCUCCUCACUCCUUCUCACGGUCAGCAAUGAUGGCUCAACCUACUCGCUUCAAGGACUUCCCUUGCAUAUCCAGCAACCGUCGAUAUUGGUGGCUUGUUCACCGUCUAUUGGACCAUCCUCCGGGGGAACCGUAGUGACCAUGGAGGUUACCCCGGAGCUGAUGCCCCCCGCCGUAGGCGUUGGUUGUAUGUUUGGAGAGACGAUUGCUUCUCAAGCCCAGGUAUUCGGGUCUGUCAUCCGCUGCAUAUCGCCCAAAGUGCUGGUCCCAGGUCUUGUGAAUAUAAGUUUGAUAGACCAAGAUACGGAGCUGGAACUUGUUGCUGGAGCUGUGCCGUACCUCUACUUCGCAUCACCCUAUGUGCGAUCUAUCUCACCGUGCAUUGGGAGCAGGUCCGGGGGGACGCUGGUGCAUAUAGCAGGUACUGGCUUUCUUCUCAAGGGGGUGUCUUGUCGCUUCGGCAACGCGACAGUCGACGGAGAUCGUGCGAGGGCCAUAACUUCUACUCUUGUCGAGUGCGUGUCGCCAGCUGCUGGUGAGAUCGGCAUGUCAAUGGUCGAAGUGAGCUUCAAUGGAGUUGAUUACACCACGGACGAGAUAUCAUUCAUGUACAAGGAAGACUUAACCAUACACAAGAUAAUGCCUACCCAAGGAAGAGCUGGGCAGUCAGAAGCUAUGUCCUUGAAAACGUCUCAGUGUCUAGUCAAGGGAUACAAUUUAGGAUGCCUAUCAUACCAUUGGGACGCAAAGUGGAUUUAUGAGAUUCGGCCAAGUGUAUUUCCAACAAGUGGGGGACAAUUCCUCUCCUCCAGUCUGCUGAUGUGCGAUGCUGCAUCACAUGAGUCUGGGCGGGUAAUGGUUGCCGUCUCGUUCAACAGGGUGGACUUCACCGAAGGGACUGUGGCCAUUGAAUACUACAAAACCUUGAGUUUACAUUCUCUGGUACCUUCAUUUGGUCCCAGGACUAGGAGCUCUUUGAUUUCAGUGUUUGGUAGUGGCUUCCAAGCAGAGAGUGCCUUGUCAUGUAGAUUUGGCCAUCAAAGCUCGCUGGCAACAGUGAUCCACGAGAGGCUUUUGAUCUGCAGAACCCCAUCACAGAAUCCAGGCUCGGUCAAUUUCGCAGUGGUUAACUUGCUAGGAUUCAACCUUGGUGGCACUUCAUUGGAAUUUGAAUACACGGAAUUGUGUCCAAUUCUACAAGUUUCUCCUUCAUCGGCAGCUAUAGUGGGUGGAACCGAAAUCAAAGUGAUAUUGGGCUGUCAGUAUCCGCAAUCAGCUCUAUGCCGUUUUGGCAACCUCACUGCUCCGGCAUACUUUUUGACCGGUAGCUCCCUCCUCUGCGUAACGCCGCAAGCAACGCCUUCCACUGUGAAUCUGGAUGUUGUGUCCGAAGAUACCUCGAGCGUAUCGAUCGCUACACUUUUCCGGUUUGAGCACGGAGCACGUGUGUAUAAUGUGGUUCCGACCUCCAUGAUGCAUUCAUCACCUCAAUCUCAGGUCACUGUGUUGGGUGAGCACUUCGCGUUUUCUUCGACACUGGGUUGCAGAUUAGGUGGAAGGACGCUGCUGCAGGCAUAUUGGGUGUCUUCAUCAUUUUUGACUUGUCCGCUCGUGUCUUUCGAACCCGGCAAUGUUACCAUCGAAGUAACAAAUAAUGGUCAUGACUACAGCCAGGAGUAUUCAUACGUUUGUAUCUCACCGGAUGAGAAACUGGGUAUAACGCUCUAUCCAACUUAUGGGCCCACAAUGGGUGGGACUGAGAUAACUCUUGUUGGAGUCAAUGCACAGACAGCUCCUCAGCAGGAAAGUUUCCCAAAUGCUGGAUUUUCGUAUAUAGAUUCCCCGUCUUUGUCAUUGGUGUUUCCUUCGGUGGUACCGCAACAAGAGAGAUACCUCAUCAAGGUGAUGGGAUCAGGCCUUGCUAAUGAACUCUCCUAUUUCUGUCGCUUUGAAAGUGACAUUCAAGCACCCACACGAACUCCGGCUACGAUUGCAUCAAGUGACGUCGCGACAUGCUUCACUCCAUCGCUCGUUGCUGGAGCAUACUCCAUGAGGCUCACAUGCAGUGAGGGCGUACUGAUUUCAAAAACAUUCUUGAAUGUUUUAUCUACUCCUCUUCCGGUGGUGACGAAGUUACUUCCGUCUUUGCAUUUCUCCAAUUCAAUAUCCAUGGUCACAGUGUUGGGAAAGCACUUUUUGAAGACCGAUGGACUAACGUGUAAAGUGCAGAAAUCAGUGAUACGCGCAGUAUGGAUUGACAAUGAAACCUUGAUCUGUCAGCUUCCUCAACUCAAUUUCGUUGGUAAUGCCACCUUGGAAGUGAGUAACAAUGGAGUAGAUUUUCCUAUGAAUUCAAAUAUUCUUUCUGUCGUCUCGAGAACCGUGCUCGUGGCGGUAGAGCCAUCGACGGUUUGGGGGUUACAGGGUGCCACAUUGACCUUGACGGGAAACCAUAUUAUCACAGAAAGCGAUGUUUUGUGCAAAUUCAAUGUACGCAAGGUCUCAGUCGCACUUCCAAUCUCGAGCACUCAAGUCAUUUGCAAAAUGCCAGCUUCACUCCCGGGUCUUGUGUCGGUCAUGUUAUUUUCUCCAGCAACAAAGGCUAAUUCAAACUCAGUGUCUGUACAGAUAACUUCAGGCAUUUCUAUUGAGGAUUUGCCUCCUGCUGAGCCAUCUUCAGGUCCGCCUGCCGGUGGGACUCAGGUGUACAUCAAAGGAGAAUUUCUCAUCGACGGUACAUUCGCAUGCAGCUUUGGAAACACUAGAGUUACAGCAGCACUGGCCUCGAGCAGCCUUUUGAAGUGCGUGAGUCCGGCAGGGAAGAGCGGAUGUGUGCAAGUGUCCAUCUUGGAACAUGUCUCUGGAAGCGUGAUGCCGCUGGCAAAGACUUUCUGCUAUGAAAAUGUAGCAUACAUUGAGUCUAUUGUUCCAGAUAGAGCUCAUUGGAGGGAAAGGGUGGUCCUUGAAGUCUUGGGUGGAGUACUGCUUGACACAGUGAAUCUAUGUGGAAGAAUUGGAGACACCGUAAUGCCUUGCAGGUGGAUAUCAUCCAGAAAGGCUAAAUGUCUGGUGACGUUCCCUGCACCUGGGAGUUACUCGUUUGAGAUUAGUAACAACUGUCAAGAUUUUAGCGGCCGAGGUGCUGAAUUUGUUGCUGAGGACCUGACGAGAAUUGUUGGUAUCAAGCCGACGGCUGGUUUCAGCACGGGUGGCAGCACGAUCCUGGUGUCACUGAAGCCAAAGCCAACAGACUUGGUCCAGGACUGGUCGAAGAUGCGAUUGAUGUGUCAGUUCAAUGAGCAACUGAGUGCUGCCGAGUUAGUGCAAGGGGGCACAGCUGCCGAACAUGUGCGUUGCCUCCAGCCAACUUGCGUGCCUACGGAGUCAUCAGACUUCAGAUUGCUGUAUCAGGGCUCAGCUUUCUCGGACACAAUUUCCUUCGCAUGUAGAGACCCUUCUGUUGCACAUUCAAUUACACCGUCAUUUGGCCCUGUAGGUGGUGGAACGCGGAUCUUAGUGAGCGGGGUUGGCUUUACUAACGCUUCCUCAUGUUACUUCGGAGUUUUCAAGACUAGCGGAUACAUGGUGAGUUCAAAGCUAUUCGUUUGUAUCGCUCCGACUGCCUUGGGUCGCACCCAAUCGCUCAUCACAACAAUGGGAGUAACAGAGGUCGAUGACUUGUUCAAUAGUGCAAAAAGUUCAGUGUUGUUCCAGUAUGAAAAACCUAUCGUUGUGUCACGCAUUGUACCAAAUGUAUUGAUGUCCUCCAGUACAAAACAGAUCAAUGUGUAUGGAUCAGGAUUUCGCCCAGGUGCGAUUGCAAAUUGCAAGUUUGGUGUUCAGGUAGUACAGAGCAUUGCGGUUAUUUCCAGCACAAGAUUGCUUUGCUCUACACCUUACUUGGUGAACCAUCAGAACAUCAGUGUCGAGAUCAGCAACAAUGGAAUCGACUUUUCGAAUAGUGGUCUUCGCAUUUCGUUUACCGAAUCCAAGGCUGUGAUUUUGAACGUGUAUCCAAGCACUAUCGCAAAUGGUGUUUCCGAAGUAAUUACUAUCACGGGGUCACGAUCGUUUUCUGAUGACAACAUCGAAUGCCGUUUUGGGAACGAAUCAUCGCUUGCCCGGCAGAUUGAGCCUACCAAGAUCUUGUGUUAUACUCCGAGAUUUGGGCAAGCAGGUACAAUCAGUGUUGAGGUUGUAACCGUGCACAGAGGGUUAUAUGAUGCUGUUGGGAUGAUUGCGAUCGUGGUAAAAAGCGCAUUUCAUAUAUCAGCUGUGAUUCCGACGAGCGGGCCCACAUCUGGUGGCACCUUAGUUUCAAUCAUCGGAACUAACAUGCCAUCAGGCGGCUUUGAAUGUAAAUUGCGGGCACGCGGGCACCUGAUUGAGCAAAUGGGAAUCACUAUUUCCAGUACUGUCGUCUUGUGCAAUACUCCUCCUGUGGAGAAACCUUCUACCUAUCAAUUGGACUUUGGGGAAGCAAGACAGAGGGAGCAGCGGAAGGUGGUACCAUGGUCACUCUAA